AUGAGGGGUAAAUCCAAAUCUCCCGGGCAGACGCUGCUCACCGCUUUACCAUUUUCUUCCGAGAUCAUGUCCUACAAAGUGCCCGGCGACUUCAAAUUCCCGGAGCAAGCUACAUUCGACGGAUCUGGGGACCCGCGCGAGCAUCUGCUCGGUUAUCAGGCCAAAAUGCAGGUCUUGGGAGUACAAGACCCGGUGAUGUGCCGCGCCUUUUUACCCACACUGAAAGGCUCCGCGCAAAGGUGGCUAGUGGCGCUGCCUCCCGAGUCGAUUCACAGUUUCGAGGAGUUGGCCGACCGUUUAAUGAGCCAUUAUGCGGCCAACAUCAAGCCACAGAAAGAUCUGACUCACCUGGGUGAUGUCCACCAAGAAGAAGGCGAACCCCUGAAAACCUACCUGGUUCGCUGGCAGAAGGAAAUCCAGUCUAUAGAGGAGGUCGAAGAUCAGACCGCGCUCACCUUUUUCAUCGAAUCUCUACGAUCCGGGCAGUUGUACCGAGAUCUGCGGGACAACCGCCUGGCCACCUACGCGGAAGCCAUACAUAUGGCCAACAAGAGGGCCAACACGGAGCAGGCUAUGAAGCACAAACGACAGCGCGAAGUCGGAGGAUCCGCCAGUGGAAAGAGGACGCGAGCUGAAACCAAGGAAAGGCGCCCGGAUGCAACCCGGCGACCCGAGAUCAGACGGCCAUACGACAGGCCCGUCGUGCACCCCUAUCGGCCAGCUCCCGAACGGCCAGUGCAUGAGAUACAAGCAGUCGCUCCGCCUCCGCCUCCGCCGAUCGAUGACUGCGCAGUAAACGAUGAGGCAGGUAAGACCCUUAAGUACUGUCGUUACGACAAAUCCUAUACUCACAUUACGGAAGAGUGCUUCUACUUGAAGAAGAUCAUGGAAGGUAUCAUCCAACAAGGGACCCCGCCCCCUAACCAGUGGAGACGUAGAUCGGCGAACCGGGAGGAUCGGGACCCGGUCGCCGCCGCGGAGAACGGUCGGGGUAAGCAGACGACUUCUGAAGAGGACGAGGCCCAGUGGCGUCAAAAGCCAGUUAUUAACAUGAUAGUCGGCGGGCCCGAGGGCGGUGACUCGGCGAAUACCAGAAAGGCCUGGGCUCGACAGCUAUACGUCGGGACGGUAUACGAGCGUGAAGAAAGCUCGAAGAAAGCGUGCCGAGAACCGAUCACGUUCACUGACAAAGAUCUACCCGCGGGAGAGACACCACACCGGGACGCAUUGGUUAUAGCGAUGGAUGUGAACGGAGUGGUCGUUCAGCGAAUCCUGGUCGAUACCAGGAGCAGCGUCAACGUGCUAUACCUUGAGACUUUCACGAAAAUGGAAUUGACUCGGGAACAGCUGAAUCCGGUCAAGACACCGCUUGCCGGUUUCACGGGAGACUCGGUGGAAGCAGAAGGAUCCAUUACCCUGCCGGUGGAAGUCGGCAGCUACCCCGACGUACAGAAGCUCAGCAUGAAAUUCAUCAUGGUGAACUUAGCCUGCUCAUACAAUGCUAUACUUGGCCGACCGGGCCUGGAGGAUUUGGGAGCGCUAAUUUCCAUCGAGCACCUUUGCUUGAAGUUUCGCACGCCCAAUGGGAUAGGGACGGUGCGUUGCGACAGGAGAGUCGCUCGCGACUGUUACCUGCAAGCCUGUAGAGGAAUGGGCAAGCGUGAAAUGUAG